UUAGGGAAGCUCAGCUUCGCCAUUGGAAACAGUCCCAGCUGCAAAAUGACAGCGAAGCACACAGUGUCUCCGUGGAUGAGCUGCUCCCAGAACGAUGAGGCUUUUCUAAGCUGGCAGGUUGCCAUGGUAUCUGGACCCACUAUGACGGCCCCCAUUUGUCUGGUGGAAAACAACAAUAUGCGCCUGUCAGUGAACCACACAGCUAUACAGAUCCUUGAAAGGAUUUCUCAACCAGUAGUGGUGGUGGCCAUUGUAGGACUGUAUCGUACAGGCAAAUCCUACUUGAUGAACCGUCUCGCAGGAAAGAACCGAGGUUUCCCUCUGGGCUCUACAGUGCAGUCUAAAACCAAGGGCAUCUGGAUGUGGUGUGUGCCUCACCCCUGCAAGCCAACCCACACCCACACCCUGGUCCUUUGGGAUACUGAGGGUCUGGGUGAUGUGGAAAAGGGUGACCCUAAGAAUGACUCAUGGAUCUUUGCCCUGGCUGUGCUUCUGAGCAGCACCUUUGUCUACAACAGCUUGGGCACCAUCAACCACCAGGCCCUGGAGCAGCUGCAUUAUGUGACAGAGCUCACAAAACUAAUCAGGGCAAAGUCCUCCCCAGAAGAGGAUGGAACAGAAGAUUCCACAGAGUUUGUGAGUUUCUUUCCAGACUUUACCUGGGCUGUAAGGGAUUUCACCCUGGAGCUGAAGUUAAAUGAUCAUCCUAUUACAGAAGAUCAGUAUCUGGAGAAUGCCUUGGAGCUGACUGAAUGCAACAACCCCAGAAUCAAAGAAUUUAAUCUACCCAGAGAGUACAUGAGGUAUUUCUUUCCAAAAUGGAAGUGUUUUGUGUUUCACCAGCCAAUAAAUGACCCCAAACUCCUAGCCAAUAUUGAGAAUAUGCCUGAAUAUCAACUGGAUCCUAAAUUCCAGACACAAGCAAUCAAUUUUUGCUCUUACAUCUUUACCGAGGCAAGGACUAAGACUCUCAGAAAGGGAGUUGUGGUCACCGGGAAUCGGUUGAGGACUUCGGUGGUGACCUAUGUGGAUGCCAUCAAUACUGGAGCAGUGCCUUGUCUGGAGAAUGCAGUGACAACUCUAGCCCAGCUUGAGAACUCAGUGGCCAUGCAGAAGGCCUCUGACCACUACAGCGAGCAGAUGGGCCAGCGACUGAAACUCCCCACAGACACACUCCAGGAGCUGCUGGAUGUGCAUGCAGACUGUGAGAGGGAAGCCAUUGCAGUGUUCAUGGAGCACUCCUUCAAGGAUGACAAGCGGGAGUUUCAGAAAAAGCUGGUGUAACUCAUAAAGGAUAAGAAGGAGCAUUUCUUGCAGCAGAAUGAAGAGGCAUCCAUUGAAUACUGCCAGUCUAGGCUUGAUCAGCUUUUACAGGUCCUAAUGGAAAGUAUUUCAGCAGGAACUUUCUCUGUUCCUGGAGGGCACGAGCUCUACAGGGAAGCAAAGGAAAGUAUUGAGUGGAACUAUUCACAAGUGCCCAGGAAAGGAGUGAAGGCAAAUGAGGUCCUCCAGAGCUUUCUGCAGUCGCAGGCUUCAAUAGAGAAAUCCAUCUGGCAGGCAGAUAAAGCCCUCACUGACAGGGAGAAGGCCAUAGCAGCGGAGCGAGUCAGCAAGGAGUCAGCUGAGAGGGAACAGGAGCUGCUAAGACAGAAACUACUGGAGCAGCAACAGCAGAUGGAGGCUCAAGAAAGGACUCUCCAAGAAAAUAUAGUCCAACUGAAAGAGAAGAUGGAGAAGCAGAGAGAAAACAUACUAAAAGAACAGAAUAUGAUGUUGGAGCAUAAGCUGAAGGUCCAACAUGAUCUGCUCAAAGAAGGAUUUAGCAAGAAAUCUGAAGAGAUGAAUGAAGAGAUAAAGCAGUUGAAAUAUAGGAUUGAUGCUACUAAAAAUAAUAAUACUCCCUGGUUUGCACAAGUCUUGGAGAGAUUUAGCAGUGAAAUUGUUUCAAUAUUUACUUCUCCUGUUAGAGUACUUGAUAAUAUUAUACGCGGUGUGAGCUCACUAUUUAAGAAUUAGCAGCUCUCCUUUUAAAGAAAUUAAAGAAUGUGGCUAUAUACUCUGGCCUAUUUUUGGUAUAUAUGCUUUUCACUUUUAUCCAGAAAAGUUUUAAAUAUAAAAAGUGCCUACAAGAGGAUAGCAAUGCCUGGCCUACAUUAGAUAGAAUAAAUGCAUGUACACUUUGAUAGAGCAUGUUAACUUUUAGGAAAUAUACUCGUGCAAAAUGAUAAAUAUAUAUAAAAUCCACUGAGGUUUUACCUUAAGUGACAAAAGAUUGCUUAAUUAGAUUACUGAACUAUCUGUAUCUAUAUAUUGGUAAUAUAAAUUGAACAUGUGCCAGUAUGAACACUGGAAUACUAUGUAGCCGGUAAAUAAAUUGACAGUGGAGCUGUAUUUGUAAAAACAUAGGAAAUCUUGAAAAUAUAAAGAAAUAAGGAAUAAAACAGUGUGUAUAAUGUAUUCACUAUAAAAAAUUAUUAUGUGCAAUUAUACCUAUCUAUGUACACAUAAAAUAUCUCUGGAAAGUCUGUUAGAAACUAGUAUCACUGGUUCCUUCUGAGAAGGACUGAAUGGCAUCAGGGGUGGAAGGGACACAUGCUCUUCAUUAUAUACUCUUAUCUUUUGACUUUUAUAAAGAAACCUUGAAUAGCCAUUUUAUAAAUAAGUAACAGAAAAUAUAGAGUAUAAUACUAAUAAUGAUAAUCAUAAAAAGAAUGUGAAAUUGGCUAUGAGAUAAUAAAAUUCCUCACUAUUUCUAGAAAUGA